AGCAUUUGCAUAGCUGCAAAACUUCGCCCUCAUAGUUGCGCGAUUUCUUUCCGCUAGCAGUUUCAUUGCAAGUCUCUGCUUAAAAAUGUUGGCGUUAACAGCGUCGAAUUCUCUGGAUAAUUUUGUGCGGUCCAAAGGAUUUGUAAUCACUGGAGUAAUCACUGUGGCCGCUGCUUUUGUGAAUGCCGUGAUUACACUGGUUUGCGAACGUAACGGUCGGUUCGCGCUGGUCUACGCCGGCACUCCCAUCUCUUCGCGUCUGUCCGUCACGCUGUUUAUCCUCGCCGUUCACUUCUUGAACGCAUUUGUUUUCGCCCCAAAAUGCUUCCGGCACAUGAGUGGCACGGAUCUGACGGUGGCGCGUAGCUUGUGGGCGCUGUUAGCCACCAUUGGCCUGCUGCUUCUGCUGCGCACCUUCAGCUCUGUCUUCGGGGACUCCGGUCGUCUUUCUGCUUACGAUUUAUCGUUAGAACUCGCCGCCAUGGUACCGGAAAUUCGGAUGGAAGUCUUCGGGAACGGGACACUGACUGCAAUGGCUCCGAAAUUAAUUAACUUUAACAAAACCGUCCCCAUGGCUACUAAACUUAGUGAUGAGAGUUUGCGCCUGAUGAAAAAGUCGUGAACGAUUUUAUCGAAACGGCGGAAACGUGCUCACCAUCGAUGCGUGAUGUCAUUCUCGGUUUCUACGGAUUCAUCGGCGUCGUCUUUCUCUUCCAAUCCAUUUUCACCUGUGUCAUCGGGACUCGUUUGUCUCCGUUUGGUAAAUUUUACGGCAACGUUGUGAAUAAUGUGGAUGAAGAGAAGGGCAAGCUGGAGGAUAGCCUCUCUUUCAAGGAACAGGCUGCAAUUGACGAAAAAUGCGCAGAGUGCUCGACGAAGUUGUGGGUGCCGGCGGUCGUGGUGUAUGUGUACCAGGGAGCUGUUGCGCUGUACAUGCUGCUCACCAUUUACUCCUUGAUCCGGUUUUAAAAAGCGGAAGCAGCUACCUUAAAGUACUGUAACUAUAAAUCAUUAACUCCUGUAGGUGCACUGCACAAUUUGCGUAGUGGAUUUUAUUGUACCUGUUUAAACGCUGUCUGUGACUGCAAGAACUGUGCAGAAUUCAAUCAAUUCAUAAUGUGUACUUAAUGCAUCACCGAAAUUUUUAUCUAUACUUGCGCAUAUUAGUGUAUAAUUGUCGUGCAUGGAUUUGUGUGUGUUUACGCAAAAAUUUCCGGUGUUUCCAACACAAGGAAUUAUGUUUACGCUAAAUCGUAUAAGUAUUGCAAUAUUAAUUUUAGUCAUAAUGCCAUUGAUUUCUGUGUAAUAGAAUAAUAAAUGAAGACCUGCGCAUUGCUGCAGAUAGAUUAACGUGCGGAAAUUAAAUUUUCAGUUACGUG